ACCAAAAUUCUCCCACGGAUAAAUUAACCCUUCUAUUCUCCGCCACCUUCCUCCAUAUAAACACUACUCCAACAACAAGGAGGACCCGUGUUUCAAUUGAUUUUUUUGACCAAAGAACAAAAAUAGAAAAAGAAAAUGCAUCCCAAACCGGCCAACCAGUCCAGACAAAUAAAACGUCACCACACCCCACGAGAAAUCGUCCACCGGGUUCGAGAAAGCCUCACCACCCGUGUCUCCAAGAUGGUAUGUGCCAUUUUCUUGAUGUUUCUAUUUGUACUCGGCUUGACCACUUUCAUUCUAUGGCUUAGUCUACGCCCACACCGCCCGAGAUUCCAUGUCCAGGAGUUUUCGAUUCCGGGUCUGGGCCAAGCAACCGCAUUCGAGAACGCCCAAAUAUCUUUUAACGUGACGAUUCGGAACCCGAACGAACACAUCGGCAUCUACUACGAUUCCAUGGAUGGGUCAGUUUACUAUAAGGAUCAGAAAAUCGGGUCGAAUCAGUUGUUGUUCCCGUUUUACCAGGAGCCGAAGAAUACUACAGUGGUGGCAGACCUACUGAGUGGGGAGGCAUUGACGGUGAAUAGCCAGCGUUGGACGGAGUUCAUGAAUGAUCGUGCGGCGGGAAUGGUGGUGUUCCGUCUUGAAAUAACCUCGAUCAUCAGAUUUAAGAUCUCCAGGUGGAGUAGCAAGCACCAUCGGGCCCACACCAACUGUCAUGUUUCGGUGGGACCUGACGGGGUGAUCUUGCCAACUUCAAGAGACAAGAGAUGUCCUGUUUAUUUCACUUGAUCAGAGGCAUCAAUCCAUUUUCCCUUCUUCUCUUUUUUCCCCUCAUUAUUUCCCUGUUUGAAAUCUUUUUCUCGCAUGUUUCAGCCGGACAUUGAUUCUUUUACACGUGCAUAUAAUAUUCUUUUCAUAACCAUAAGACUAUAUAUAUAUAUAUAUAUAUAUCUACUAUCUAGAGAGAGAGAGAGAGCAUUAACGCUCCGGCCAACUUCCCAUGAAUGGGGUCUUGUUCGAUGUAAUUUUGUUGGACAGCUGUUGUGUUGCCGUAGGAAUUUUCAAGUUUUU